AUGGGUUCCCUCAACCUCUGCUGCCACAGGGCUUUGCCCAAUGCCAGACUACUACCGUGUUCUUCUGCAAUCAACAACAUUAUCACAAUCAAACCCCACCUUCUGUCUUCUUCAUCUUCUUCUUCUAUAUUUAAUCAUCACCGCCAUUUCUGUAACAGCCCAACAGCUGUUGCUUCGACAGCCAAACAACUCACAAGCCCAGAACUUGUUGCCUUGGAGUACGCCGACCUCAACCUCAACUACGACAAUGUUUCUCAGGAGGUAGGUCAUGUUCGAAUUCGGCAGCACGUCAACCCUUUUGCUCCUUCUUUCUCAAUCCCUGCACCAGUGCCUAAUUGGAAUCAAGUCUUUAAAGAUUCCACACUGCCACUCAUGGUUGAUAUUGGAAGCGGUAGCGGCAGAUUUCUCAUGUGGCUUGCAAAAAGAAAUCCUGAUUCACAAAAUUAUUUGGGAUUGGAAAUAAGGCAGAAAUUGGCCAAGCGUGCUGAAUUCUGGGUGAAAGAGCUGUCUCUUCAUAACAUACAUUUCAUGUUUGCAAAUGCCACCAUUUCUUUCAAAGAAUUAGUAUCCACUUACCCAGGGCCCCUGAUGUUGGUUUCAAUACUGUGUCCAGAUCCUCAUUUCAAGAAGAGGCAUCAUAAGAGAAGAGUUGUCCAGAAGCCUUUAGUAGAUUCUAUCGUGAAGAAUUUGAUGCCUGGAGGACAGGUGUUUAUACAGUCAGACGUUCUUGAAGUGGCAGUUGACAUGAGGGAUCGCUUUGAUGCAGAGUCGGAUUUGCUUCAACACAUUGAUGCCAUUGAUCCCAGUAUGCAAUGUGACGAAGAAGGAUGGUUGGCGAAGAACCCAAUGGGGAUACGGACCGAAAGAGAGAUUCAUGCAGAAUUUGAAGGUGCAAAAAUCUAUAGGAGGCUCUACCAGAAGCUGAUAUGAGAUUCUUCCCAAGAAUUUUGUUAGCUCCUUAGCCCACUUGAGUUUUAGACGUGCAAUGCUGUAACUCAAAAUUUUGAUCUGUCUCUUGGCCUUUCAGUAUCUCUUUGGCCGCUAUGUUUAAUUC